CCCCGCGCGGGCCCGAGUGGUGUGUGGCUCUUUGGUCUCCGUCGUCCCCGCUGCAGCCCCAACUCCCGGUGCGGGACGCUCGUGCCCGGAGCUCGGAAUGUUCCCGGAACUCAAUAACCUUCUCAACAUCACCCCUGACAGGGCGGAGCAGGGGAAACUGACUCUACUCUGUGACGCCAAGACAGACGGCAGCUUCCUUGUGCACCACUUUCUCUCCUUCUACCUCAAAGCUAAUUGUAAAGUCUGCUUUGUGGCACUCAUCCAGUCCUUCAGUCACUACAAUAUCGUGGGACAGAAGUUGGGUGUCAGCCUGACUGCAGCCCGGGAAUGCGGGCAACUUGUGUUCCUCGAGGGUCUUAAGUCUUCAGUGGAUGUCUUCUUCCGGGCUCAGGCGGAGCCACACCCCCUGCAGUUCCUCAGGGAGGCCGAUGCUGGGAACCUGCAGCCCCUGUAUGAGUUUGUCCGAGAGGCUCUGAAGCCCGUGGAUGAUGGACAGGCCGCAUGGAGGUGCCCAGUGCUGCUAGUGGAUGACCUCAGUGUGCUGCUUAGCCUGGGCCUGGGGGCAGUGGCUGUGUUGGACUUCAUCCACUACUGCAGAGUUGCCGUGUGCUGGGAACGAAAGGGAAACAUCGUGGCCCUGGCACACGACAGUGGAGACGGCGAGGACAAGGAGAAUGACAUCCUCUUGAAUGGCCUUAGUCACCAGAGCCACCUGAUCCUGCGGGCCGAGGGCCUGGCUACGGGCUUCUGCAGGGACGUGCAUGGACAGCUGAGGAUCCUCUGGCGGACACCAUCACAGCCCACAGCCCAGCGGGACGGGAGCCUCACUUACCAGUACAAGAUACAGGACAAAAGUGUGUCCUUUUUUGCCAAAGGAAUGUCUCCUGCUGUUCUGUGACCUGAUUGAGGAGCACACAGAGCGA